AACUUUCAUACUUUGCUAAUGAAAUGACUAAAGAGGAAUUAUUAAAAAUAUUAAAGCAAACAAAUAGUAAAACAUUUGAAAAAACUUUAAAAAAAGAAGGCUUUGAUAAAGAAAUAUUAUUUAAUAAUGAUUUAGAAUCAAAUUCAGAUUCAGAUUCUUUAUCUCAAAGGUUAGAUUUAGAUGAUCGAAUUUUUAUUGAUGAUUUGGAAAAAUUUCCUGAUAAUAAUGAUAGUGAUAAUAACUAUUUAUCAGAAAAUAAUGAACCUAUAGAAAAUAAUGAAAAAAUCAAACUUUUGAGCCUGAAGAUUAUAAUUAGAACCCAAAAGAUUUAUUAA